AUGGACGGUGUCAUUCCCGCCAGGCAUGGGAAUGGUGCCCCCGUGAGAUAUACUUGGGACGAGGAGGGCGCCGUGAGGAAUAUUGAGCCAUUGGAAAAGGUGCGCGAAAGAACCGAGGGACUUUCAUCUCAUGGACGUCACACUGCGAGAGACUCGAGAUCCAGGAUUAACUGGCCAUUCCACCAUCACACCACAUCCGAAGUGCCGUCAACAUCCUAUACCGCAAGUCAUUUCGGCCAUUUUCGAAGAGCGACGGCCCAGACAAAGUCGUGGUUCAAGGAUGCUGGUGAUUCUGCCAGCGUUUUGAGCAGAUCGCUCGUGCCAGACUAUGUUGUGCAUUACAUGAGGGGAGAAACUCCAGAGACCCUGGCCAGGAAAAGGGAGCAGGCGAGAUGGGGCGAGAAGGACAUUAUACUCACGCCACAGCGGGAACGUCUCAGGUCACAGCAAGCAUUUUUCGAGGAUCCCUUUGGCUCACAGAUCAACCUUGCGGGCAACUACGGGGGGUAUGGACAAGGGCAACGAGGCUUGGGAAGAUUCAUGGUCGGUUGGAGAGGAGGCGUGGCCUUUAAUGCACUCAUGGCCCUGAUUUUUCUGCUCGUGGCCGUCGUGUGCUUUGCUCUCGUUUCGUCAAAGAUCAAAGUCUUUGGCGGAGACUAUAUCUUGCUGUCAGGAUUCUGCUCGACGGUUUCUAGCUACAAUGCCUUGUUGCACGCACUGAUCAACAUUUUGUGCAUUAUACUCCUGGCUGGCGGCAACUAUGUCUUUCAGUUGCUUUCGAGCCCAACCAGGGACGAGCUCACCGAGGCACACGACAAGAAGAAAUGGCUCGACAUUGGAAUCCCAUCCAUCCGAAACCUCCCUCACAUCUCCGGCCUUCGGGCAACUAUCGCUGCAAUCGUUGUCCUCACGGUUGUGGCGACCCAAGUAAUCUAUAAUGCAAUAAUUUUCACUUCCCAGACUGCUGCCGAGACAUGCGAUCUUAACACAAGCAGUGCCCUUCUAGGCAUUGUGGCCCUGCUCAAUCUGGUCACCUUUGGCAGCAUCGUGGCAGUGAUGAGCCGAUCCAGGUUCAAGCCUCUUGCGACCUUGGGAGACUUUAUCAGCUCCUUUCUAUGUCACCCAGAUGCCACCACCAAGAGCGCCUGUCUUCUGUCCAAGAAGGACGUCAAGGCGGGUUCUUGGGGUUAUAGCGAGGCCAAGUAUUUCAGCCCAAGUACGCACCUCUGGUUAUUCACACCAUCCGCGUUGCGCUGGCUGUUGAUGGUCUUUUCCUGGUUAUUGCUGGCCGCCCCGACCGUGGCAGCUAUUGGCCUUUUCGUGCCUACAGAUCCCGACGGCAUCUCGACACCUUUCGGCACAUCUACAUCAUACACAACAUUUCCUUUACCAACCUCCAUCACAAAAGUGCAAAUGGCCGUGCUGGCAUGUCUGCCGCAAGUGCUUCUAGCCAUCCUUUACAUGGUCACCAACUCUCACCUAACUACUUAUUAUCUUUCGCACGAGCUAUCCCUCUUUGCCCUUGGACCACGACCGCUCCGAGUGUCCUGCGACGCCCGUGGCGCUCAGGUGGCCUCUCUCUACAUGACUCUUCCGCGACCAAUUUCCUGGGGGCUCCUCGCCUUCUUCGCGGCUAUGGGCUUUGUCCUUUCGCAGGCCGUGUUCCCAGACGUGAUUACGGAAACUAGUCUUACCGCAACAGCCAACCAAGUUCCAGUCCUAGCCGUCGCCUUUUCAGUGCAGGCACUCGUAGUGCUGCUGGCUCUGCUGGGUGCCCUCAUGAUGAUUAUCGUGGGCUUGGGCCUGCGGCGCGCACCCGGUUCGGCCCUGGUCAAUGGGCGGGAAAGGGGCAACCCGCUGGCGCUGCGGGGAGGCAGCUGCAGCGCGGCGCUGAGCGCAAAGUGCCAUCCCGCGCCCGGCGAGAACGAGCCCUGGACCCAAGAGCUGACCUGGGGGGUCGUGUCCGAUGGUCUCGGCAUGGAAGACAGCUGCUGCGGCUUCAGCGCCCUGAGUGUGGGAGCUGUGGAUGUCGGACGAGCUUACGCAUGA